UAUUAUCUAUUUUACUACUAGUCUAAUAUGGAAGAUCCAGCUACUGCACGUUUAAAGAGUUUGGUAGUUAGUAGUAAUGAAGCUUUAGAAUUCAAAUUGGUACGUUCUGUUGAAGAUUUAGAAAAUGAUGAAAUUACAUUUAAGCCAGAAAUGUCUCAUCAAGUAUUUGGAGAUAGUGAAUCUAUAUUUGGUUACCGGGAUCUCAGAGUGAAGCUAUAUUACUCAGCAGGUUGUUUAGAAACGUAUUUGGGCAUGACAUAUUCUGAAAAAAUAAAUAAAGUACUUUAUGAGGGAGUUGAAGCUGAUGAAGUAUUACCAAAAAUUGCUGAAAAAUUAGCUUCACAAGUGCAUAAUAACAUAGAUACAUUUAUUGAAUCUCUAAAAAAGGAUGAUACCUUUAUCCCUCAUGGUGAACUGCUACAUUCAUUUUCUGUUAAUGAUGAAGGUUGCUCAAGAAAGUAUGAAGUUUAUAAAUCAGACAUGACUUAUAAAGGAUUUAAGGAAUAUCAUCAACGUCUUCAAACAUUUGUAUUGUGGUACAUAGAUGCUGCUAAUUUUAUAGAUGUUGAUGAUGAUCGGUGGCAUUAUUUUAAUAUGUUUGAAAAAUAUCAAACAACAGAUGGUACUGUUCGAUAUGCAACUACAGGUUUUGCUACUGUGUAUCAGUACUAUGCAUAUCCACAUCAUACUAGGCCUCGUAUAGCACAAGUUUUAAUUUUACCACCAUUUCAGCAUAUGGGUCUUGGUACACAUUUAUUGCAUGCUAUUUAUCGUGAAUAUAUUGGAAGAAAUCAAGUCAAAGAUAUAACAGUUGAGGACCCUUCUGUGACCUUUCAACGAUUAAGAGAUUAUGUGGAUGCAAUGAAUUGCAGUACAUUAUCUAGUUUUUCACGAGAAUAUCUACUUCAGGGUUUCAAUAAAACAAUGGCUGCAGAAGCUAAGGAAAAGUUCAAGAUUAAUAAGAAGCAAGCUCGCAGAGUAUACGAAAUAUUGAGACUACGAGCAACAGACUUAACAAAUGAACAAGAAUAUCGUGAAUAUAGAUUAGAUGUAAAAAGAAGACUAAAUAUUCCAUACAGACGUGAACAAAAUGAUUUAAAAAAGUUAGAAUGUGCAUUGAAGAAUAUUGAUAAACGUGCAAAUAUCACUUUACCCACACUAGAACAACGUAUACAAACUCUUGAGAAGGAAUAUAAAAGUUUAGAAGAAGAAUAUAAAAAAGUAAUUAAACGUUUGGAAGAUGCAGAAGAACUUUGA